AGAGGAGCAGGAGCAGCCACAGCAGCCAUGCCAAAACAUGAAUUCUUUGUAGACAUGACCUGUGAAGGGUGCUCUAAUGCCGUCAGCCAUGAUCUCAAAAAGCGGGGAGGUGUUCAGUUUGAAACUGACCUGCCCAACAAGAAGGUGAAUAUAGACUCAGAGCACAGUGUUGACACCUUACUGAACACCCUGAUGAAAACUGGGAAGGCUGCCUCCUACCUUGGAGACAAAUAGCCAUACAGGAAGGCUUGGCCAGUGGGGCUACUGUGCUUCAGGAAA